AUGGUUUGUAAAUUAACUUUUGCAACAAGAUCAUCUCUAAAGAGUGCUGAGCUGCCAGUGGAUUUUCACUGUACCAAUUUACAUCACAUCUUUGGCUUAAGGAUGUGUUCAAUAGUCCUGCUUCAUCAGUGGAGUCUGGCUGUGUUCUUGCUGUGCUCCCCAGUGACUCUUGAUGGGAGACCAGUUGAUGCACUUAGUAUAAGAACGAGGAGAUCGGUGAGUCACGCCCAGCUGAUGCAUGACAAGGGCCGAUCCAUGCAGGAGUUCAAGCGUCGCAUGUGGCUGCAGGAGCUGCUGGAGGAGGUGCAUACAGCCGAUGAGCAAGCACCACCUGUGCAAAGUAGAACUCCGAGCCAAACCUUCAGUGGGAAUGCUCUACACCAAAAGCCCCCAGGGGCCACCAAAAACCUGCCUGACAGAUUCAGGCUGGACAAAGAGGGCACAAACUUGCCCCAGGAGACCAACAAGGAACUGGCUUAUAAGGACCAGCCACUAAAAGUGGCCACAAAGCGGAAAAAGAAGGUGAGGUUAGGCCGGCGUAGGGAGAAUGACAAGAGGCGGAGGCGGGCACGGUCUACCACAAUCACAACGAAGGAACCAUGA